CUCUUCGUCUUCACCUCCAGGCUGACGAGUAGCUUCGUUUAAGGAGGAAUAAUAAUCAGUGAAACAAUCUAGAAGGAAGGGGCUAUUUAUAAAGUCAGAUAGGGAGGAGAUCUGAGGGUGAAGGGGGGGUCAGAUAUAAUAUUUCAGGUGCUGGUGAGCCCAUUGGUCUGAGAGAAAAUCGACUUCCAUAAAGAGAAAGAUGGGGUUUCCUUUGCCUUUGGGGAAUUCAAUAUAAACCAACUAAUAGUGCCAAAACUGAGCUGCUUCCCAAAAUCUGUUGCUCCGCUCUGUUUCCGUCUAAGAACCAAAAGGCUUUGAAGCCAGACAAACGCCAAGAUGUCAGAGAAAAAGAUGUCAUCGAGUCGCAAGCAUCAUGUGAAGAGUUUGAUGCUGUCCAUCGCUAAAAUUUUACUGGAGGAGGAGGAGAGGGAGCAAGAGAAGGAGAGGACGAGGUACAUGGCUGAGAGCUGUCCUCCUGUGUCCAUGCCCAGGAGCAUGCAGGAGCUGCAGGAGCUGUGCCGGGAGAUCCACCACAAGAUCGACGUGAUGGACGAGGAGCGAUACGACCUGGAUAUGAAAGUCAAUAAAACCAACAAGGAGAUUGACGACUUGAAGAUCAAAGUUCAGGACCUGAUGGGGAAGUUCAAGAAGCCCGUCCUGAGGAAAGUACGCAUGUCGGCCGACGCCAUGCUGAAAGCUCUGCUGGGCUCCAAACACACGGUCAACCUGGACCUGAGGGCCAAUCUGAAGCAGGUCAAGAAGGAGGUCAAAGAGGAGGAUAAGGAACUGCGAGACGUCGGUGACUGGCGUAAAAACAUUGAAGACAAAGCUGGCAUGGACGGGAGGAAGAAGAUGUUUGAGGCCGAGGCUUAAGUCAGAGUGUUAUCUGCCGUUUAGUACAAAUAAAUUAAAUAACAAUAAUAAACUACCUUGUGAGUUGUAGAAACUUUGACUAAUAAACAAACUGAAGGAGA